AUGGUGCAGGAAGAAUUUGGUUCACUGGAAUCGUUCCUCACGGCGUUUUCAAGAGCCAAGGGAAGACGACACCUCGCAGCGACGGAGGUCAACGCCGUCUCCAGCCGCUCGCACGCCAUUCUCCAGUUCAACGUAUGGCGGGACGACAAUCCUGGCAUCGUCGGCCGUCUCAAGCUCGUGGAUCUGGCAGGUCGCGAGCAGAACAAGGAGACGGGCAACACGGGCCAACGGAUGACGGAGAGCUGCGACAUCAACCUGUCGCUCUCGGCGCUGAGUCGCGUGAUAGAGCAACUCAACGACCCGAAUGCGAAGCACGUCUCUUACCGCGGAAGCAACCUCACCAAGGUCCUGCAGGACUCCCUUGGAGGCAGCAGCCGGGGAGUCAUGAUCGCCUGCCUGGCUCCGAAUGACGACAAGCUGGCGAUGGCGGUUCUGGAGGUGGCGGCGCAGUCUCGCCUGAUCCGCAACAACGUCUCCAAGACCGUGCUGCCUGCCACCCCGAAGCAGACCGUGGCGGACCGGCGCUCCCAGCUCUCCGCGUUCAAGGCGAAGAAGGCCGCCAGCAAGGCUAUCGUCCCGAGCAGCUCUGCCGGGCCUUCUUCAUUCAGUGCUCAAAAGGGUUACAUCCCUUACCCUGCUCGAGUUCCACGAGAGCAACAAGUGGCUGGAGAGCUUCACCGCAUCCUCGACCCCACUCUCUUCAAGAGAAGCCCCAUCAGAGCGACCUCCGCUACCAACUCCACGCCCAGCCUCAUCCCCAGGCCUCGCUCGUCUCUGCUCACCCGUCGUCCCGGCGACUUCCUGAGAUAUGCUGCAGAGGCACUGGGAACGGAUCUAGCACAAGAGGAACCUGAUUCUGCAGCAGCGGCAGUGGCUGUGGCAGAGGCGGCAUCAGCAUCCGCGUCAGCGUCAGGGUCAGCGGGCGGUGGUGCAGAGAGGGGGGCGAGCAGCGGGGGUGGGAGGAGGAUGCGGAUAGCGGAGAAGAUGACGGCGAGCAUGGCGGCGAAGAUGGCCUCCGCAUCUGAGGCUCGCCAGGCUCUUGCCUUGAAGCGCAGCAUGGCCAAGCACCACUCGCCAAAGAGGGCCGCCGCCGCCAGGCAGAGGGGGAUGAUCAAGCUGUCAAGCUCCGUCUCCCACGCGAAGCCAACUGGGAAUGCUGCUGGGAAGGCUGGUGGGGAGGCUACUGAGAAAGCUGCCAGGAAUCCUCAGCGCCAGGGGUCGUCGGGGACGGCUGCAGCAGCGGAUGCUGUUGUUCAGGCAGCUGCAAACCGUGCAGCCGACGAGCUCCAGCGCCAGCGGUCGCGUGAUGGCGUCGUGGCUGCUAUGUCCGCUGCGGCAGCUGCAGCGAGCGUGGCGGCAGCAGCAGCGACGGCCGCGGGGAGUCCGCUUGCGCCGAAUGCGCAGCAGGCGCAUUUCCUCCUCAUGGACACCCUGCGCCAGCGUCGGGAUGGCGGAGUGCUAGCUGCAGGGGUGGGGGGUGCGCCGGACGGGGUAGGCGCACCAGAAGAGGACGGGGUUAGUGGUGAAAGUGGUGAAGAGAGUGAGCAGGGUUCGAUGGAGGAUGGGGACGAAUUGUCCUUUGCGACUCCCGGAGGGAGGCUGAGUGACGGGGAGAUGGUGGGCGAGAGUGAGGGCGAAGUGGAGGGAGAGGACGAAGGCACGAGUGUGCGGGACAGGGGGGUUUCGCCGAAGAAGCUGUGGGAAUGUUACCGGGACAACGCUGCUGCUGCCUCUGACACGUUUGAAGCAUCCACGUGCCAUGGCAGCUCGAACGGCAGCACCACUGGCAGCAGCGCGGGGUCGGGAGAGGAGGCAAGCACCGCCAACCAAGACAGUGCUGACAGCAAGGAGGAGAUGGGGACAAUGGGGCCGCUGGAGGGGGAAGGCGGUGGCGUCGUGGGCAUUGAAGGUGCAGGUUGUGGGGAGGCGGGUAGUGAGAAGGUUGAGGGCGGCGAGCAGGUUAAGGGCGGCGAGGAGAUUGCGGGGGGGAAGGAGGUUGAGGGUAGAGAGGGGGUUGCGGGUGGAGAGGAGGUUGAGGGUGGAGAGGAGGUUGAGGGUGGCGUGGGAGGUGAGAGUGAAGUCGAGGUGGAGGCUGGUGAGGGAACGGAGGGUGGAGAGCAAGUUGAAGGUGGGGAGGAAGUGGACGAAGGGUAUGAGGGCGAGAUGGUAGGAAAAGAAGAGGAAGAAGUUUCAGGAAUGGCAGCAGGCGAUGGGGCUACAAGCGAUCCCACGUUGGAUGAAGAGGCAGCACAUGCAGAAGCUGCAACCCAUUCCGGUGCAGCAGAGUCCUCUCCUGCAGCCUCGGAACUAGAGCACAUUUCAAGUGUGUGGGCGAUGGAGGAGGUGGAGGAAGAAUUGGGCGAUGGUGCUGGAUGCGGGGCCGUCGCGUUCUCUCUGGUUCCGGUUGCAGGGGAGAGCAUAGCAGAGGAGGGCGAGGAGGAACAGGGAGAGGGAGCGCAGGAGAAAAAUGUGCAGGAGCAGGGAGAGGGAAGGAGGGACCAGGUGCCGAAUUCACAGGAGCAGAACCACGGCCCAUUACCCCUGCAGCCGUUGACUGUGCUCUCAGGGACACCUUCUAGGCAGCCCCUCAGCACAGUAUCGACCAACCAGUCAUCACAGCGGCCUGCCUUCCUUAACGCUAUGGUGUCGUGCGAAGCACCGGAUGUGUUGCUUGAGGGUGCCAUGAGGGGCCUUAGCAUCGUGGACCCCUUGACCCCAGCCUGUGCCAAGGACGUCGGGACUCAGUUCGUGGCUAUUGCAGAGGCGGAGCUCCUUCAGAAAUUCAACACGGCAACCAAAAUGCCCCCACAUCUUCCCUCCAUUUAUCCGUUCUUCCCCUUCAACUGUGCUUUCCCUGGGCUCAUUCUCAAGUUCGGAAUUCUCUUUUCGACUGGUCUCUUCAUCGGCAUGUCACUUCUCUAUCUCGCAGUUGAGACAUUCGAGGAGAUGGAAGAGCUCGCUGGAAAAGAUUACCCUUACGGAAUGCUGGUCAUUGUGAUGGGUAUCUACCUCACGUGGCUCUGCGACCUCAUCGUGAAGACCAUUUGGCGAAAGAGAUCUGGCUCUUUCGAAGAGAAGGAAGAGGAGCUGGGUCCAACAGUUGCUGGCGCCAUGGGUGCUGGCCAGACCAAGGUGGUCGACGCAGACUCGGAGAAUCAGAAGCAAAUCGACGUGCAGGCUCUUUCCAUCGUCGAUGUCAUCGUCGUGCUCUUCGCCCUCUGCUUCCACGCCUUUUUCGAGGGCAUGGCUGUCGGCCUUGCGUCAACGGUUCAAAGAGUGUGGACCAUGACUGCUCAGAUUGGUGUCAAUGAGUUUUUCGAGGGCAUGGCGCUUGGGGUGACUCUCCGCGUUCAAGACACGUCCCGCUCGUGGCUCAACCACCUGCUCUUUGCCAUUGGAGCUUCCAUCGUCGCUCCCACUGGAAUCGCCAUUGGUCUCGCGAUUGAUUCAGCAAGCGGCAAAGAGGCUAGGAACUGGGUGAAGGCCUUCGGAAACGGCAUGGCUGCCGGGGUAUUUAUAUUUAUCGCUCUUGGUCAUUUGCUGGCCAAGGGAAUGAAGCCAGGAGCCAAUGAUAGGUGGUGGAUGGUGUUCGUCAAGUGGUUUGUGGCAGGGCUUGGUGUCAUGACCAAUGCUCUACUCCAGCUGUGGGGAGAGAGCUGA